AUGCCCAGACGAUCAGCCCAGAAAGAAGAACCAGAACCAGUUGGAGGCUAUCGAGAUGUUCCGGUCGAUAGUCCGGAGGCUUGGCCGCAGCUCAUCGCUUUCGACCUGGACUACACCCUAUGGGACCUCUGGAUAGAUACUCACGUUUCACCGCCGUUGAAGCGGAGAGGCGAAUCGAUUAACCAACUCAUCGACCGUCGAGGACAGCCUUUGGAGUUCUAUGCUGAAGUUCCGUCGAUCUUAUCAGAGCUAAAGAGGCGGAACAUCCACAUCGCCGCUGCGUCCCGGACGUCCGCUCCUGAGCUAGCGAGAGAAGCGCUGGGCAUGAUGUUACUCCACGAUGAAGGCAAGACAGUCAAGGCCGUGUCAUACUUCAACACCAUGGAAAUCUACCCUGGCUCAAAGCUGAAGCACUUCCGCUCCAUACAUAGCAAGACUAAGAUUCCAUAUGACCAAAUGCUAUUCUUCGAUGACGAGCACCGAAAUAUCGAGACGGAAUCGCUAGGCGUCACGAUGCAGCUCGUACCUCCGAGCGGUACAGAUCGGGCGCUGCUGGCUGCUGGACUGGCACUUUGGCGGAAAAGAAGGGGAAUACGGGUGGUGGGGUGA